AUGUCUGCAGCGCCAGCUUCCGAGACGACACCCCUCCUUCGAGACAAUGCGAUCGUGGAGGGCGGCGUCGUAGCUACCGGACUGCCAACCGAACAGCCCAAUGACACCGAUGUGCCCUUGGCCGACGAGCCGACGUUGAAGGAGUUGCUGGUCAUCCAAGCGAGUAUCUGGGUGGGAGUGUUCUUUGCUGCCCUGGACGCGACCGUUGUGGCUACGAUCUCGGCGCCGAUUUCGUCUUCGUUCAACUCGCUCUCUCUGCUUUCAUGGCUCGCCUCGGCUUAUCUGAUCUCCAACGCCGCAUGCCAACCUCUCAGCGGGAAGCUGACCGAUAUCUUCUCCCGUCGAACGGGCCUCGUCGUGUCGAAUAUCCUGUUUGGCGUGGGAAACCUCAUCUGCGGCCUUGCAAAGGAUGAAUGGGUUAUGAUCUUCGGCCGAGUGGUGGCAGGCAUGGGCGGAGGAGGUUUGACUGCCAUCGCGACCUUUGUUACCUCUGAUCUGGUUCCACUACGUACACGAGGAAUGUGGCAAGGCAUUGGCAACAUCUGCUACGGCGUUGGGAGCGGGCUCGGAGGUGUCUUUGGUGGCUGGAUCAACGAUACUUGGGGCUGGCGAUGGGCAUUCUUAAUCCAGGUACCAUUUAUCGUCGUGUCGACAGUCCUGGUCUGGUGGAAGGUCAAAAUCCCAGUCAAAGAGACCGAUGUCUCUCGCUGGAAGCGGAUUGACUUCCUUGGAGCGGGAGCACUGGUGUUGACGCUGGUCCUGUUCUUAUUCGGUAUUAACACGGGCGGCAAUCAAAAGCCCUGGACACACCCUAUGGUCCUGGCCUCGUUGAUACUGUCUGGGGUGUCCCUUUUGGCUUUCGUCUACAUUGAAGAAAAGGUGGCCUCUGAACCAGUGAUUCCUGUCCGACUUCUUGCGGACCGAACCGUUCUCUCUGCAUGCUUGACAAAUUGGUUUUGCACGAUGACUUUGUUCGCCGUGUUCCUUUACAUCCCUCUAUAUCUCCAGAUUCAGGGCUACUCGACAACGCAGGCUGGAACGCGCCUCAUUGCGCAAGCCGUGGGGACAUCCAUUGGAUCACUGGGCCUAGGAUUCCUGAUGCGCCUGACCGGCCGCUACUUGUUCUUACACUACGCGUGUGUCCUGUUUUUCACCGUGGGAUCCGUGCUUUUCACCACGCUCACGAUCAAUACGCCAGCCUGGCCGCCAUUCCUGUACCUGUUCAUCACCGGACUGGGCUACGGUGGCAUGCUUACCGCGACUCUGGUAGCCCUCAUCUCAGCUGUCGCCCAUGCACACCAGGCAGUCGUGACGUCGGCAUCGUACGCCUUCCGCAGCACCGGAAGUUCACUCGGUAUCACCAUUGCGUCUUCUGUAUUUCAAAACAUUUUGAAGUCUGGGCUCUGGUCACGAUUCGGCGAUCGAGACGAUGCGGGCUGGCUGAUUCCAAAACUUCGCAAUAGCUUGGAUGAAAUCCGUCACCUGCCGAAAGAAAUGGUGCCUGGUGUGUUGGCUGCGUAUAUGGACGCUUUGAAGGGGGUAUUUGUGACGACUCUUGGGCUAGCGGUGCUGGGUGCAAUUUCAUCCACGUAUCCCUAUCCCUCAGCUCUCCUUGCUUCUGGCCGUAGUCCAUCCGCAGCUGCAGCCCGAUAUUGCUCAAUGCCCAUUCGCGCUCUUCUUUGCUGGGCAUCAAAGUUGAGUUUCGGUGGGGAUUUCUCGGCACUGCGACUGCUUGCCGCCGUUUCAUCGACAUCAUCGUUGCCCCUUUGCCUAGUGAACUCAACACCGCGGCUCCACCUCGAAAUUUGGCCUUCGACUCUCAUCGACGGACAUGCGGACAUUCAUUCCUUAUCAUUGAACUCCGUCCAAAACGUGGCACCACCAGCUCCGAAUCGCAUUCUUAACUGGACCGACGCCAGCCAGCUCUCUUUUCGCGAUAUCGACAUCAGAACUGCCUCCUCUGCAAGGUCCGUGCAAACCCAUCCUCGCCAGAACGCCCAGACACGGAUCAGCACGCGGUUGGCUCGACAGGGUGAUCAGAUUCAACAGAAAAAGCAAGCAUACGGCAGCCAGAGGAUAUCAAACGCACGAGCCUCGCUUCGGCAGCCCCCAGCCCUCCAAUGA